UGUCCGCAGUCUCUGGCCAUCUCCUGUACUGUGUCCGCAGUCUCUGGCCAUCUCCUGUACUGUGUCCGCAGUCUCUGGUCAUCCCCUGUACUGUGUCCGCAGUCUCUGGUCAUCCCCUGUACUGUGUCCGCAGUCUCUGGUCAUCCCCUGUACUGUGUCCGCAGUCUCUGGUCAUCUCCUGUACUGUGUCCGCAGUCUCUGGUCAUCCCCUGUACAGUGUCCGCAGUCUCUGGUCAUCCCCUGUACAGUGUCCGCAGUCUCUGGUCAUCCCCUGUACAGUGUCCGCAGUCUCUGGUCAUCCCCUGUACAUGUCCGCAGUCUCUGGUCAUCCCCUGUACUGUGUCCGCAGUCUCUGGUCAU